AUGAUGGCGAACUCAACAGAACGAAAUGACUCUCUCAGCAACCUAACAGACUUCUUUGAUACUGAAAGAGGGAGCGCUUACAAAACAGUCGAAGUGGUUUUCAUUGUAAUUGUGGCUGGAUCUUUAAGCUUGGUGACCAUUAUUGGAAAUAUUCUAGUCAUGGUUUCUAUCAAAGUAAACAGACAUUUACAAACUAUUAACAACUAUUUUAUUUUCAGUUUAGCCUGUGCUGAUUUGAUUAUUGGUGUAUUCUCUAUGAACCUAUACACCAUUUACAUUGUAAUUGGCUACUGGCCUAUGGGCCCAGUAGUGUGUGAUUUAUGGCUUGCUCUAGAUUAUGUUGUCAGUAAUGCCUCUGUCAUGAAUCUCCUUAUCAUCAGCUUUGACCGAUACUUCUGUGUGACAAAGCCCCUUAGUUACCCCGUGAAGAGAACAACUAAGAUGGCAGGUAUGAUGAUCACAGCUGCUUGGGUGCUGUCAUUUAUCCUGUGGGCUCCUGCUAUUCUCUUCUGGCAGUUCAUCGUAGGGGGACGAACAGUUAGUGAGGGUGAAUGUUAUGUACAGUUCUUCUCAAAUCCAGCUGUCACUUUUGGCACUGCUAUAGCUGCCUUUUAUCUUCCUGUUAUUAUAAUGACAAUUUUGUAUGUGCAUAUAUCUCGUGCCAGCAAGAGUCGAAUUAAGAAGGAUAAGAAGGAUACAGAAUCAAACAAGGGAACCGUUUCUCCCAGUCUGGUGAAAGGCAAAAUAUUGAAACCAAAUAAUAACAACAUAUCAAAUGCUCCUGAUGAGUUGCCACAUUGCAAAGUGCAAAAUGGUAAAAUAACUGGUGACACAACUGAUAAUUGUGGCCCAGGAGAGGAGAAGGAGCUCUCCAACGAGUCAACUUCACUCAGUGUGGUCCCAUCAAACCAGAAGGAGGAAGUGAUGGUCCAAGAAGGCAGAAACAUCUCUACGACCCAGAGCCGUUUCAGGAUGGACAGCUCCAAACUCUCUUGCAUAAAGAUAGUCAGCAAUUCUCAAAAAAGUGACUACUGUGGCACCACAGUAGAAAUAGUGCCAGGUAGCAGCAGCAAGAAUGGGAAUGACAGAGAGAUCAGAACAGCCCAUAAGAUCAUUAAAAUGACCAAAACCCCUGCUAAGAAGAAGAAGGUGGCUGUAACCCGAGAGAAAAAGGUGACUAGAACCAUCCUGGCUAUUCUCUUGGCAUUUAUCAUCACCUGGACCCCAUACAAUGUCAUGGUACUCAUUAACACCUUCUGUUCAAUCUGUGUCCCCAACACAGUCUGGACUAUUGGAUACUGGCUCUGUUACAUCAACAGUACGAUCAACCCGGCCUGCUAUGCAUUGUGUAAUACUACCUUCAAGAAAACUUUCAAACAUCUUCUCUUGUGUCAGUACAAGAACAUAGGUGCAACUAGAUAA